AAUUCAAGUAUAAAGCCAAAUCGCACCAUACAACUGUAUUUACAAAAUGGUUUUUGUGUAAUAAGGAAUUAUUGAUGUUUUUAAAUUUUUUUAAUUGUGCAAUAUCGAAACGUAAAAAAAUACUGCAGAACUUAUGCUUGCCGCUGUCAGUAUACAUAUCUGUUGCCCGCGUUUUGCGUAAUAAUUUUGUGAUAUCUGUCUAAACACACAGUAUUUGCAGUUUAUGUAAAUGACCUAGCCAUACUAUCUGAUACCAUCUGACAUACUCCUACGAAAUCUGAAGUAUUUUCGCUAAUCUCUCAUACUGGAUUUGUGGUAUGGGAAAUUCAAAGAAAGACGAACAAUAUGACUAUCUUUUUAAAGUUGUUCUGGUUGGAGAUUCAGGGGUUGGUAAAACAAACUUGGUGUCUCGAUUUGCCCGGAAUGAAUUUUCGUUGGAAAGCAAAAGUACCAUUGGAGUGGAAUUUGCUACCAAAAGCGUACAAAUAGAAGGAAAGACCAUUAAAGUCCAGUGCUGGGAUACGGCUGGCCAAGAACGUUAUCGGGCCAUCGGUAGUGCGUACUAUCGUGGAGCACUGGGGGCUCUUCUAGUAUACGACAUAACUAAAAGGCCCACUUUUACGAAUAUUCAGUCGUGGCUGAAGGAUUUGCGAGAUUCCGCGGAUAAUAAUUUGGUUAUUUUAAUGGUGGGAAAUAAGAGUGACCUUAAACACCUUCGAGCUGUCAAUAUCGAAGAAGGAAAGGCGCUUGCAGAAUCAAACAAGAUGUUUUUUAUUGAGACGUCAGCAUUGGAUGCGUCUAAUGUGGAAAACGCGUUUCACACAUUGCUCACGGAAAUCUACCAUAAUAUUAUGACGAAAGAUGCUGCUGGUCAGAAUGUGCAUACACAUGCAGGUCGGAUAGGCGCCGGUACACCUGUUUCGGAUGCCACUCAGAAAAAUGAAAGCACAUCAACUAAAACAUGUGCUUGUUAAUAUUUUUUAUUGUUUUAUGCUGUUGCAGUUGUUAGUGCAAAGAGGCACUGCUAGGAACGAGGAUUUGUACAUAUGAGCAUCAAAGAACAUUUGUGUAUCGUACUCGUAUAAGUAAAACGUCGUUGCAAUCGG